UAUUUGCAACUUGGGUUCUAGAAACGCCACUACCCAAAUAUACCGCUUUUGGUAACUAACGUCAGUAGACAUUUUUCCAUUACACAGUAAAGCGACGUUACAGCUGAAGCUCGACUCUUAGCCCGUAAACCGAUUCACGUCUUGUUUGUUUCGCUUAGCAGUUUCAGUCAGGACCAGCGGCGCUGGUAGUUGUAGUCAGCUGUCGGCGCCCCAACCGGGGCCUAGCACCCCGGCCCAAUGGGGAAGCAUAAAGAUAAGAAGGACAAGGCGAAGCUUCCUGAGCAUCUGGAGCUGAGGCGGGACUAUGUUACGUGCGGCGAUAGGCUUAACUACAAUGUUAACACCAUUACGUCCGCCAACACGUUUAACGCCAUGGGCGUGGACAACAGCUGGGACUUUGAGGAGUUCAAGGAUAACUUCCAAAUAGUUAUUAACAAAUUGGAUAAGGAGGUCAUGGAGUUCGACUUGAUUGGCGUAGACCCAGCUAUUGCAAACGCGCUCCGACGUAUCUUGAUCGCGGAGGUGCCGACAGUGGCCAUAGAGCACGUGUUUGUCGUCAACAACACCUCCAUCGUUCAGGACGAGGUGCUGGCCCACCGGCUGGGGCUGGUGCCGCUGCUGGUGCCGCCCGCGCUGUUCGAGGCCAAGCUGGCGGAGGAGGCGCCGAGCGAGAAGAACACGCUGGUGUUCAAGCUGGACAUCACGUGCAGGAGGAAGCCGGACGGCAGCUUGGAGAACGAUAAAGUCCUGUCCGAGCACCUGGUGUGGCUGCCCGGGGGCUCCCAGCUGCCGGAUGAGACCACCUGUCGCUUCGCAGCGGGCCAGGCGCACCUCUUCGCACCGCAGGAGGCAGCAGCGGGGGCGGGAGCAGCAGCAGCAGCGGAUGCCGCCUCCUCCCCCUCACCCUCCAGCCUGCCCCCCUGCCCCCGCGCUGUGCACCCGGACAUCCUGCUGGCCAAGUUGCGGCCCGGGCAGAGCAUCACGCUGGAGGCGCACGCGACCCGCGGGUCGGGCAAGCAGCACGCCAAGUGGUCCCCGGUUGCCACCGCCUGGUACCGCCUGCAGCCCGAGGUGCACAUGCUGCAGGACGUGCGGGCCGACAGCGAUGUGGGUCAGGAGCUGCUGGCGGCCUGUCCGGGGCUGUUCACGGCGGACGAGGGGGGGCUGGUGCGGGCGGGGGCGGCGAGGGGGCACGAGAUGGUGCUGGAGAAGCUCCGCCGGCUUCUCGAGCAGGAGCGCAUCUCCGCCUGCGUGGCCUACCGCAAGCGCAAGGACCACUUCAUCUUCACCAUCGAGUCAGCGGGGCAGCUGCCGCCCGCCGAGCUGCUGGAGCAGGCGCUGGAGGUGCUGCAUGAGAAGGCAAGGAGCCUCUCGGAGAAGCUGUGAAGGGGGGGAGGCUGGGAUGGGAAGUGCCGGGAACUGGGAGCAGAAGGCGGGGCAGCGCAGCAGGGACGGAGGAGUGAGGAGGAUAGAGCGCACGAAGCAGGGCGGUGCGGAGGAGUCAAGCUUUUAGAGAGUCUGUAACGAAUCAUCUGAAACGGGGUAAGG